AGGUCAAACGAUGUGUCAUGUAUUUCUGAUUGGAGGAGAGCAAGAAGAAAAUGUACAGGGAGGGGGAGCUGUGUUUUAUUUUGGGGGUUGUCAGUUGGGUUCUUGUGUCUUGUGAUGCGCAUGCGCGGUAAAGAGGAGACCUGUCAUAUAAUACAUUUUUGGAGCUUCGCCAUGAAAAGGUCACAAUGUCUCUGAUAAGGCGAGCUGGAUUAAAGACAAACAUUUCGAGAUGUGUCUAAACUAUAUUGGAUUUUAUGUUUUGUAAUGAAGGACAGAAUAAGGAGUGCUUAUGGAGAUUCUCACUCUUAUUUACAUGUACACUGUAUGAAUACAGCUGCAGAACCAGGAUUUUAGGUUGUAAGAGUGGUGUAUGCGUCAUCAGUGCCCAUGAUGCAGGAGAAGCGCAAACUUCAGAUCAUCGAGUGGGAGGAUCUCGAUAAGAGGAAGUUCUACUCUCUGGGUGUUUUUAUGACCAUGACCACGCGGGCGACGGUCUACCCGUUCACCCUGAUCCGCACCAGACUGCAGGUGCAAAAAGGGAAAUCGCUCUAUAACGGCACCUUCGACGCAUUCUGUAAGAUUCUGAAGGCAGAGGGGGUUCCUGGCCUCUACCGAGGCUUCAUGGUCAACUCCUUCACCUUGAUCUCGGGUCAGGCCUACAUCACUACCUACGAACUGGUGAGAAAAUACGUUUCGGGAUACUCGUCCAAUAACACGGUGAAGUCUCUGGUGGCUGGCGGCUCUGCCUCGCUGGUCGCCCAGAGCAUCACGGUGCCCAUCGAUGUGGUGUCCCAGCAGCUGAUGGUGCAGGGUCAGGGGUGUCAACUCACACGCUUUAAACUCAAGCCUAAGAUGGUGAUGGCAACAUCUAAACACAAGGUGACAUUCGGCCAGACCAGAGACAUUGUGGUUCAGAUUUUCCACGCGGACGGAUUGAGGGGUUUUUAUCGUGGGUAUGUGGCGUCGUUGCUCACAUACAUACCGAACAGUGCCGUUUGGUGGCCUUUCUAUCAUUUUUAUGGAGAGCAGCUUUCCAGACUGGCGCCUUCUGACUGCCCGCACCUGAUCCUGCAGGCCGUGGCCGGGCCAAUGGCUGCAGCCACAGCCUCUACGUUAACCAAUCCCAUGGAUGUUGUCAGAGCCAGAGUCCAGGUCGAAGGCCGUUCGUCUGUGAUCGAGACGUUCAAGCAGCUGCUAGCCGAGGAGGGCGCGUGGGGUCUCACCAAGGGCCUGUCUGCUCGCAUCAUUUCCUCCUUGCCCACCUCCGUCAUGAUCGUCAUCGGAUACGAGACGCUCAAGAGACUCAGUCUGCGGCCCGAACUGGUGAACAGCAGACAUUGGUGAUAAACUCACCUACUGUAACCUGGGUGUUGGACCGCUUUACCUCAGCCCUGUUCUAUGGGCCUCUCUCUCCCUUUUAAACCGAUGACUUUCCUUUUUUAAUAAGGCAAUAAUCGAUGGACACUGAUUUGCUCAAAUGUGAAACUGUAUUUCAUUCUCCAUUUGUUGAGGAUUUGUUAUAUUUCGUUACGUUUAAUCUGUUCUUGUAAACAGGUGGAGUACUAAUGUUUGUGUGUGGCCUAGACUAGAAUUGUCUAAUGAGCGCAUAUGAAACUUUAAUUUGUUGUUUGUUUAGCAUUUUAAAUGAUGGGUUUAAACAUUUAUAACACGGCUGUCGCUAUGUGGUUGGAAGGAGGAGAACAGAAUUUUUAAAUUGUAAUUGCUAUACCUGGAAAAGACAUGGAGACAUUCUAGUUUUAGAUUUUCAGCUCUUUGUGCGUUUGUUCUGAAAUACAAAACUUUUGGAACAACGUACGAGAAAUUUGAUGAUAAUAAUUUAUGUUUGGAAGGCCUUGCAUUUAAUUUUGAGAAAACAGUGGUUUGGGGCCAAAGCUUUUACAAAUGUUUUAUAUAAGUGUUUCAUUAAUUCCAGAUCUGCUGUGGUGCUUUUUAUCUAAAAAUGCUUACUGAUGUUAAUCGGUGUCACAAUCAUGAGUGCAUUAAAUGAACUGCACAAGAAAGAAGCUGUUCGGGAUUGGUGACAAAGACAUACACAAAACAAAAAUAUUUGUAUUAAUGUGUUUGUUAUUUGCCGGUAUACAAAGAAUAAUUGACAACAUGCAGAAGUACAUCUGAGGUGGUAAAAUGGAAAGAGAAAGGAGUGUCUGGUAAAGUUCGUGAGUGAGAUUUUGUAGUAAGUUUUGUCAGUUGUUUUAUCCUUAAAACACAUUUCUGUUUGCACAGAAUGUACAGUAGGGUAUUACAUUUAUAUGUUGUCAAUUGUUGUUUAACAAACAAUGUAUCUGAUGUGGUUACUGCAAUAGGAAAGUAACAGCUAAAGGCCUGUAGAGGGCAGCAGUGAAUAAAAACAGUCAUCAAAAAGUUUAAGAAAAAAACAUUUAUUUGUAUACACAGAUGUUUAAGUUGACAAUGAAACCAUGAAAUAAAAAAAAUCUUCACUGAA